AGCAAUACACCUUACCGAGCCCUCGCUGAUUUUGGCAUUUCGUCGCAACUUGUCGCAUUCUUCCUGUCGCCAUCCAUCGCAUCGCACGACAUAAACGCAUAAACAGUGGAUUUGACUCGACUACCCGACGCCCAUCACGAAUCCAUGCCGGCCGAUGAAGAGGCCGGGAUCUCAGCAUGGCUUCUUCACAACCAAAUAUGGAAAGGUUCCUGCGCGAAUGGCGCCAGGAUGCCCUCAACAAGGCCCAGUAUGAGUCGGCCAUAUUCAUAGGAGACAAGCUUCUAGCCAUGACAAAUGACGAUAACGAUGCCUUCUAUUUAGCCCAAGUCCACUUUGCAGCCGGAAACUAUACUCGAGCACAAGCACUGCUUGUCAAACAAGACCUCCUCACCUCGAAUCCAUCCUGCCGAUACCUCGCAGCACACUGCCUAAUAAAACAAAACAACUUUGUCGAAGCCCUCGCGAUACUAGGUGAACACACCCCGACACACCUAUUUGCGACCAGUGCGAAACGGAAGACUACCCGAGGCUUGCGCGCUGCCACAGCGAGAGCCAACUCAAAAACACCAUCGCGUCACCACGACCAAGGCGAUGAUAUACCAGAGGAAGACAUCUCAAACAGGCGCUACGAAGCCUCCAUGUGCUAUCUCCGAGGGCUCUGCUACGCCAAGCAGAAUGCCUUUGACCGAGCCAAGGAAGCCUACAAGGACGCUUUGCGUAUCGAUGUCCAGUGUUUCGAGGCCUUCAGCCAACUGGUCAAAAACUCACUCAUGUCGCCCGAUGAAGAGGACGAGUUUAUGCAGUCGCUCGCCUUCAACUCGAUUCGUGCUCCGGGCGAUGACCCAGACAUGGAGGACGAACCAGCCGACUACGUGCAGAUGCUGUACCAAACACAGCUCUCCAAAUACCACAACCCACAAGCUUUCAACACAGCCAUCGAGUCGCUGUCAACACACUACGGUCUCGAGAACAAUGCCGAUAUCCUGCUCGCCAAGGCCGACCUGCUCUAUACGCAAUGCCGCUUUAAGGACGCGCUUGCGAUAACCGAGUCGAUCCUGAUGGACGACAAAUACAAUUUCGCCGUCUACCCCAUCCAUCUCGCCUGCUUGUACGAGCUGCGAAAAACGAACGUGCUCUUCUUGAUCGCCCACGAGCUAGCCGACACCCACCCCGACGAACCCUGCACCUGGCUCGCCGUCGGCGUCUACUACUUCACCACAGGCAAGAUAGCCGACGCGCGCCGCUACUUCAGCAAGGCAAGCAUGAUGGACGCCAACUUUGGUCCGGCCUGGAUCGGCUUCGCGCACACCUUCGCCGCCGAGGGCGAGCACGACCAGGCCGUGACGGCCUACUCGACCGCCGCCCGCUUAUUCACGGGCACGCACCUGCCGCAGGUCUUUUUGGGCAUGCAGAACCACGCCAUGAACAACAUGACCGCCGCCGAAGAGUUCCUCAAGACGGCCUACUCGCUGUGCAAGACGGACCCGCUGCUGCUCAACGAGAUGGGCAUCGUGCUCUACCACCAGGACCGCUUGAAGGAGGCCGUCAAGAUGUUCAACCAGGCGCUCGUCAUCGCCGAGGAGACCGACAGCGACCCGCACGCUUGGCUGGGCGCCCGCACGAACUUGGGACACGCGCUGAGGCGGCUGAGGAAAUAUGACGAGGCGCUGGAGGAGUUUGACCAGGUGCUUCGCGAUGGCGGGAAAGACGCGCAGAUAUUUGGCGCCAAAGGAUUGAUUUACUUGGAUCAAGGAAGGCCGGAUGAGGCGGUGCGGGUGCUGCAUGAGGCGUUGGCGAUACACCCGCAGGAUCCAAUUGCUACGGAGUUGCUGAAUAAAGCGCUCGAGGAGUCGGCGGAAGCAGGGGAUAUAGGGCUGCUAGGGACCGCGGAUGCGGGUAUUGGCGGGGAAGCGGGGGACGGGGCGAUGACGGGGGACUUGGCUAGCUUUGAGCAGAUGCUGGGGGAGAAGAAGUUUGCGGCGAGGAUGAAAUUGGCAAGGGGGAGAAGGACGGCUGCGGAGACGCCGGGACAGGGUGGUGUGAAGGAUAAAGGGAAGGGUGUUGCUAGGAGUGGUGGGAGGAGGGGAGCGGCGGGGGGCACUAGGUUGUUUAGGGGAGAUCAAGAAGAGGUGGAUAACAUGGAGUUGAGCGAUUGA